AUGAAGACUAACAUCAUCACAACCAAAACCACAAUUUACACUCUUCUCCUCCUUCUUCUCUUCUCCACUUCUCUAAAUUUCAGCUCUGCAGUAGCUACAGUGAAUUGCAAUACUAUCACAACAGAAGCAGCACCAUGUUUAGGCUUCAUCACUGGAAGUGUUCCUAGCCCUCCGGCGGCGUGCUGCAGUGGGUUGAAGCAAAUAGUGGAGAGUGGCACAACCGUCACUGAUCGCCGAGCAAUUUGUCAGUGCAUGAAGGAUGCUAUUAAAGAGUUCCCUGGUGUGAAAGAGAAGUUCUUGUCUCAGCUUCCAAAAGCCUGCAAUGUUUCUGGUGCAUUGAAGAGUAGAAGUGAGAGAGAUGGCCAAGAGAUGAAUAAGAGGGGAAUUAAUAAACACUAA